AUGGGUAGAAGGAAUCUCACACAUGUGUCUGACUUCAUCCUCAUGGGAUUGACAGAAUCUGAAGAGCUCCAGCUGGUGCUCUUUAUGCUGUUUCUCCUGAUCUACCUGAUCACUGUGCUGGGGAAUGCAGGCAUGAUGCUGAUCAUCCGCCUGGAUCUCCAGCUUCACACCCCCAUGUAUUUUUUCCUCAGUCACCUGUCAUUUCUUGACCUCAGUUACUCAACUGUCAUCAAGCCUAAAACCUUAGAAAACUUAAUGGCAUCCACCAAGUAUAUUUCAUACCUGAAUUGCUUUGCCCAAAUGAAUUGUUUUAUCUUGGGUGCCACUGAAUGUUUUCUUCUUUCCUCAAUGGCCUAUGACCACUAUGUAGCUAUCUGCAACCCUCUGCAUUGCCCAGUUGUUAUGUCCACAAGUCGCUGUUGCUUCCUAGUCUUUGAAUCCUACUUGAUUGGCUUCAUGGACUCCUUUGUCAAUGAGCUUUGCAUGAGCAGGUUGAAUUUCUGUGACUCCAAUGUAAUCCACCACUUUUUCUGUGAUGAACCUGCAAUUUUAGUCCUGUCCUGCACUGACACACAUGACACUGAAAUCACAAUGUCCACUUUUGCUGGCUCCACCCUAGUGGGAUCUCUUAUCACAAUAUUUGUGUCCUAUGUGUCCAUCCUGUCUACUAUUUUGAAAAUUACUUCCACUUCAGGGAAGCGAAAAGCCUUCUCUACUUGUGCCUCCCAUCUCCUGGGAGUCACCAUAUUUUAUGGCACUACUCUUUUCACUUAUUUAAAACCAGGUAAGUCCAAAUCCUCCAAAAAAGAUCAAGUGGCUUCUGUCUUUUAUACUAUUGUCAUCCCCAUGCUGAAUCCACUCAUAUAUAGUCUUCAAAACAAAGAAGUAAAAAAUGCUCUCAUUAGAGUCAUGCAGAUUAGAAAAGACUCCAAGCAAUUAAAAUAA